CCCUACUCCGGUGCGGCCUCUGUCAAUGAUAUGGAUGAUGGUGGGAGAUCAAGCAGCCAUGAAGCAGUGGCUGACAUCAGUGCGAACAUUCCCGAUGAGCAGAAGAGCAUUAUCAAUGAAGAUGGUAACUACGACUAUUGUGCAAAGUGUCGUGACGGUGGAGACCUUCUAUGCUGUGACAACUGCCCACUGGCCUUUCAUCUCUAUUGUCUCAGACCCAUGCUGAACAAAGUGCCAAGAGGCAAGUGGUAUUGUCCGGUAUGUGUCAGUCAGCGCAAGCAUGGGGCAAAUACCUCCUCUGACAUGGCAGCCGCCUUUCCUAGUGAUUGGGAUGCAGCUAUAGCAACUCAACACCUACCAAGGGAUAUAGUAGCUAAAUGUGAAGUAUGUGUGAGAAGAAUGAAAGAGAAUGGAAACGGAUCCAUCUUCCGAGGACCGGUUGACUUGAGCACGGCACCGCUCUAUUUGGAGAAAGUUCCUUACCCCAUGGACUUUGAAACUAUCCAUGCAAAGCUACGCUAUGGCGAGUUUCAUUCCGUCGAUGACUUUGUUGAAACGAUGUAUCAAGUAUUUCAGAAUUGCGACCGCUAUAAUCCCGCGUACACUGAGUUUGCAGGCAUGGGACGAGCUAUGAGAAUGGACUUCAACAAGAUGCUGAGUCGUCUUGACCUGAUCCCAUCCGUGUGGCGGAGAGUGCCAGAUGACUAUGUACCUGACUCCUCGGCCAUGAUGCCAUCAUACGCUCACAGCACACACGCUGCUGCUACUUCUUCUACUCCUGCUUUCCCUCUUGCCAGUCGAGAUGAUGGCAGCGGCAGCGGUGCUUUGGAGCCGGCAAACUCGGCUGCGUUCAUGGAGGGUGGCUAUCAGUCGGAUUAUGACGGCACGUUCCAGCAGUCUGACUACCUUCCUGCACUCGAUGUGGCGGAGCCUGCCUUCCCGAACGAAGAGGACUUUGCCGCAAGUCAAGCGUCUGCAUUGGCAUCAGCAGAAGAUGACGCCACAGCUGAGGUGGUGGUCAAGAUCGAAGACCUGAGUACCAACACACAGAUCCUGCAAGUACAGCAGCCAAGCAUACAACGCCCUCGGUCUUCACGUAAUAUGACUAAUGUACCUUAUCCUCAACGUGGCCCGCAGCACUUGCCGCGCUUGCCAGCACCAGUACCCAGCAGCAGGGUCUACAGUGCGGCAUCGGGGGGUGAUCCGGUGUCCAAACGGCCACGCCGCACCUGACAAUCAACUAACUGUCCUCUUAACCAGCGUGAUUGUCACAUCUGAUAGUGAGCCGCCUACCCAACAGGCAUGUCACAUGUGGAAAAGUAAAAUUAGCGUGUUGGCCCAUACUCGUUACCAUAGCAUAACGAGAACUUGCUAUGUCUAGCAUAGCUGUUCGCUAUCAUCGCUUCUGCGAUGGCCAGGUCUGACGGUCUGAGCCUGAGAGAGUGUGUUUGUGUGUGUGUGUGGCCCUGUGCUGCACGGCUGGGUGUUAGACAUGUCUGUACUGCUGAUUUUUACCCAUCAUCGAUCACAUGGCCAUGGCCGUGCUUAUUGUAUACAGUACCAUGUGACACAGUGUGUACCGUCGUGCAUUGUGCUGUGUUACUCUUGUAUAUUAUUGUCCCCGCGUUAUCUGAACGAAAACAACCGAAUAUUAUAGUACAUGCACAUGUUUUAUUAUAGUGAUGUGUUUUCCAGUAUAUAUUACAGACACUGUACUAGA